AUGCUUCUUUCCGACUUGCCUGCGGAGGUCAUUUAUCUUGUCGCCACUCAUCUGCCAACUGCAAGUGCCUUGGCGUAUUUGGGCCGGACGUGUCGCCGACUACACGAAAUCAUUUCUGGCGAAGAUUGGAGGAUUUUCCGGGCUUUUUUGAAUAGCCGCUUUUACAACAUACCUACACCCCCAUUUUGGAAAGAUGCGGCCCAGGCUCUCACUUCUCGUUCCCGCGCCUCGGAUAGGCAUGCGAUUGUAGGCCGGUUCGUUCGCCGUCCAUCUGAUGCAGAGCAGAUAGGCGGAUCGCUCCAGGCAACUCGGAAUGAUAAUCCUACCCAUGAAUAUCGGCCUGCCAUCGACUCAUAUGAAGUUUGGAAUGGAUCGAGUUGGCAUGACCGACGUGAGGUGCUGGCCUGGAGCGCGGCGCAUGAGCUGAUACUCCAGAUUCGACAGACUGGAUCUCAAAAAUCGCGAAAAUCCUUUGUCUUCAAUGAUUUGGAACAUAUCAGUAGCCAUGAUGAUAUCAAUAGCCUCCAUCUCCUGCGCCCAGAGCACAGCGCAAAAAGUCCAAAUCAGGAACAUUUGAUUCUUGGCCGAAUGCGCGGUGAACUUGUGCAUCUAGCAAUUGCACCAGAUAGUCACACCUAUGACCUUAAACAAAAGUUUCAGACUUAUGGCCUAGAGAUUGAACGGACAGAUAUGUCCAACGGCCCAGAGCCAAUACUCGCAACCCAGUUCAACAAUGGAAUAAUCGCAUUUUACAGCACGACAACAAACGAUGCAGAAGUCCAAGCAUUCGGGAAUCUCCAGAUAGGUGAGGGAGGUUCUGGGCGUAACAGGAGUUCCAAAUUUCUUUCCCCAAAUCGUUUCGCGGUGGCCACAGCUCGCCCAGAAGACCCAAUUGCGGUCUCGACAAUCUCGCAGGAACGAAUAUCGACGGAGCAUUCAAUAUCCGCAGACGAUUUGGUCCCAGCAGCAUUAAACAGACUUGCAAGAAGGCCAAUUGCUACCGCAAUUGAACCCCUUAGCGGACAGACUGGAGACUCCCCAGGCAAUACUUUCCUUGCAGCCUGGGGAGAUGGUGCCUUGAGACUUCAUGAUUUACGCUCGCACAAGCCAUACGAAAUGCUUUACGUAGAUAUAGCGGAUUAUAAUCCCGUGUAUAGCAUUCAUCCAUUCGGCCAUGACCGCUUUGUCGUCGGUGCAGGUGGCGAUGCUGUCCUCAAGAUAUUCGACCUUCGAAUGCCAACUACGUACAGCUACCGCGAAACGAGGCGACAGGCAAACCCCACGGCCAAUGGCUUUUCGUCUUCGAGCCUCGCCCAAAGUCAACCAUCCCCAAGCUAUCCAAGCAAAGACCUCUCUAUCUUUCUUUCUGUCAACCCUCCCACCUCCCGUAAUGGUCAUUUUCCUCGGGUUUCUAGAAACAGAUACCGUGGUGCAAUCUACACUAUGUCAUCUCCAUCGCUCUUAUCGCCCACCAUAUACACAGGUAUCGCUGGGGGGAUAGUUCGGCUGGAUUUCGCGUCUACGGAUGAUUUAACAGGGCCGAAUCAGAAUUGGUACCGCGACGCCCUCGAUUUGAACCUGGAUUAUAACAAGAACAAAACGACCAAUGCCAACGAUGCCAUCGAGUUGUCUGCCUAUGAGAGGCCGGAUAGUAGGGAUACAACAACCUGCUCCAAGUUGAGGUCCCAGAAACCGUUUUCAGAGAUCGAUGACCGGAGCAUUGCAAAUGAACAGACAACUGGUUGGGAUAGAAGAUGGAGGCCACUUGAAGCGCCUGGCGCGUGGAGGCGGAGGGAUCUCUGA